AUGGAGCUCCACCAGAUCAUCGAUCAGAAUGUCGACCAAUCGACUCUUCUUGAAAAAUUGCACCGGUAUAUCCGGUCUCUACCUUUUACUCCCGAUUUGGCUAACCAGCUUCUAUCAUUGACUCCAUCUAAUCCUGAAACGGCGACAAUAGUCAAAAUCUUUGCCAUUGAAGCACUCAUGUAUCACUCAGGACCAAUAGCCCAUAAGCAAAUUGAUGAUCAGUUCAAGCAGUUAAGUUCCAUUGGGCUGAAGCGAUCGGACUACCUGUCGUUACUUAGAACCAAGUACAUGGACCUCCUCACAGACUACCAGUUCCUACUAUCUCCCGAUGUACGUGAAUUGAAGCUCACGGACUUGGUCAGCAAGAAAAUCAAUUUGUUAGGUGUAGAGGAUGACUCCCUGGUAUUGGUGCAUGACAUUCAGCUCAAAGUGCUUGUGUUUUACCUUCUCUGCGGGUCAGAUUUUAGAAAGAAGAACAUCCACAAGUACUUGAGUGACGAGAACGUCUUUUCCCGAGAUUUCCCUGCAGCCAUCAGUAACUACGUUCGUUAUAGCCUGAGGGGCGGAAUCAUACCUAUCGAUGUCUAUAAGGAGUUAAUCGACCAUUUGAUCGAUUCAGUUGAGUUUCGCUCCAUCUACUCGAGACAUCUGCAGCAGUUAUUGGAGAACUUCGUAGAGACUAACUUAGAAAAGUUGCCGAAAUACUAUAAGUCCAUUCGGUUGUCUAGAAUCCAGGACUUGUUGUUGGGAGGAGAAACCUCCGUUGACAUAGAAGAUGUGCUUUUCCGUAUGAUCACCAGCAAGAAGUUCGCUGCAGCGACGAAGAUCGAUCAGAUCGAGGGCCUAGUGGUGUUUGGGGAUAAUUCGACAAAGUAUGAUGGGUUUAAUAUGCAUAUCAAAAAGGUUUGUGAUUUGGUCGAGAAAUUAACCCAGUGA